AUGGGGCCGCCGGCAAUUAUAAUGACAGAGGCAAAGUUUCUCUUUGCCCAUAGUACAAGUUUUAGAAGCGUUUUUGACAGUGCAACCAAAGUUUUGGGAUGGGAUUUUCAGUUUAUAAAGUUUAGGGAGUCGAAUGAGAUUUUGCCCUUUUUUUCCCUCUCUCCUUCACCUUCGUUCCUCAGCUCAGUUAAGCUGAUAGCCAGUGUCGCACAUUUCCUCGUCUCUCGAUCACUCUCGUCACUCUGCCGAGCCUGCGGAUAUGAUGGCGCUGAGGCUGAGAAGAUGUGUUUCCUCCUUUCCUUCCGUUGCUUCAGCGGACCUAAUCUUCCCCUUUCGUCCCCCUGCUGUCGCGAUUUCUGCACCAAAACUGCAAUUUCUGAGGUGAAGAAGGCUGAGCUGUUCUUGGAUGAAGUGAGGUACCGAUGCAAGAACGGUGGAUUUAGAAACCUCGACGAAGCAUUGUCUUGUUUUGAGGUGAUGAUCAGAAUCCGGCCCUUGCCUUCACCCGCUCAUUUCACCCUGCUGUUGGGGGUCAUUGGCCGGAUGGGGCACCACGCUGCCGCCAUUGGUUUAAUCAAAAAGAUGAAUGAUGCUGGUAAUAACUAUAACGUUCAUAGUUUCAAUAUUUGGAUGAACUGUUUAUGCCGUUUGAAAAGGGUGGAUCAUGGUUUUGCUGUUAUGGGCAGUAUGCUCAAACUCGGCUUUAAACCAAACGUGGUGACCUUGACCACUCUGGUCAAUGGGCUCUGCAUUGUGGGAAAGCUUUCCAGAGCCGUGGAGUUAGUUGAUGUUAUGGAGGACAGAGGGUUCGAGCCCGAUGCAGUCACGUAUGGAGCGAUAAUUAAGGGCUUAGUUAGAACAGGCAAGACGUCUCUGGCCCUCGGGUUGCUUGAGAAGUGGGAGGGCAGAAGAAGCUGCGGGGUGAAUGUUGUUACAUACGGCACUGUACUCAAGGGUCUAUGCAAGGAAGGACGGUUGAUGGAGGCCUUGAAGCUCUUCCACAGGAUGAUUGAUCAGGGUGUUCAACCCGAUGUUGUCACAUAUACCACCUUGAUUCAAGCUAGGUGCUUUGAAAGGCAAUGGGAAGAGGUUGAAUUGCUCUUAAAAGAAAUGACUCAAAGGGGCAUCACCCCAAAUGUUCGAACCUUUAGCACAAUACUAGAUGCAUUUCGUAAGGAUGGGAUGCUUUUUGAAGCAGAGUCCACUCUUGAUGCUAUGAUUCGAAGAGGUAUUGAGCCGACAGUUGUCGCGUACAGUUCUCUGAUUGCUGGAUACUCUCUCCAGAAUAGAAUGGAUGAUGCUGAGAAUAUAUUUCGUUUGAUGGUGGAAAGGGGCUGUUCCCCCGAUGUUGUUACUUAUAGCACACUGGUAGAUGGAUAUUGCAAGGGGAAAAGAAUGGACAAGGCAGUGAUUGUGUAUCGUGAAAUGCUUCACAAGGGUUUGGUUCCAAAUGUCGUGACAUAUAGCACUCUUAUUAGUGGCUUCUGUCACAUUGAUAACUUGCGUGCUGCUGAGGAGCUUUUCAAGGAGAUGGAAGAUGCUGGUCAUCCUCCAAACCUUCAAACGUAUGCAAUCCUCUUGGAUGGAUAUUGUAAACACGGUGAUCUCAAUAAGGCAGUGGCGUUGUAUCGACAAAUGGAAGAGCAAGGGGUCAAUCCCAGCAUUAUAAUCUAUAAUAUCCUCAUAAACGGCAUGUGCAAUAAUGGGAAACUUGAAGAUGCCAAGAGAUUCUUUAGAACCUUGCUCGGGAAAGGGUGUCAACCUGACGUCGUGAUGUUUAACACUCUCAUAAACGGAUUAUGUAAGGAAGGCCAUGUUUACGAGGCCUAUAAGUUGCUCCAAGAAAUGGGAGAGAGCGGAUGUUCUCCGGAUUCUGCCACUUAUAACAUUCUAAUUAGGGCUUCUCUUAAGAACAAUGAAGAGAGGGCUGCCCUAGAGCUUAUCCGGAAAAUGCGUGGUAGCGGCUUUGCCGUAGAAUCCUCGACAAUGGAAUUGCUCUUAGAUGAUAGAUUAGAUCCGAACAUUCUAGAAUGCAUAAAAAGAGCUUCCAUAAAACUCCUUUCUCUACUUUAUUGUUUUUUCCGGAAACCAAAGGGAUAUAUUUGACAGUGUUAUCGGCUCUUUCUGAUUAUAUCACAUGAUGUCGUAGCUGAUAUGGAGUCCCAUAAGUAGAAUGAACAAAUGUACAUUUGCAUUGCCCCUUAGAUAUACUGAAAUAGAUUGGAUAACAGAUAUACUGAAAUAGACUGGAAACCUAACAUAUGCAUUUUCCAGUUCUGUUCUCAGACAAAUUGGUGGA